AUGAAUCAUGGAAUAGAGUUGAAAACACAAAAGAAAGUGCAAAAUAUUAAAAUCCAACAAGAACUAUCACUUUCAAAUGAAAAAUUUCCCAGAAAAUUAAACAAUUUCAAUAUUGAUGAAGGACAGCAGCCAUCACAAUUUACUAUUACAUUUAGAAACAAUUCAUUUAAUAAUCAAAAUUCAAGCACAGAUCCAGGAUUAAAUGAUAGAGAGUCUCCUCCCUUUAUAGGUGGAUUUGCCAUGCGAAAAAGGCUUUUCCUUCAACAGUGCCUGACCAGAGGUGUUGUAGAAGUUCGACUCAAGGUGGUUAGAACAAUCAUUGAAGACUGAGAUGGAGCAUGUGGUGAGUAAAUCCAAAGCCUAUGCACUCUAACUGCAUAAGCUGUUUAUGUGCCACCGCCAAUGACUGGGAAGAGAGCCUUGGAAUCUGGAGGAUAGGAGCCUUACAGAAAGUCUUUAAUAGUUGAGAAGUCACCUGGUGAUGUACUCCGACAAGCUCAAUCAUUCUGAUCAGAGGCCAUGGGCAUCCCAAAGAGAGUCAAGAGUAAGCAACUGGUGCAGAAUCAGCUUAUGCUGGGAAGGGCAAGUGGUAAAACAAGUUCCAAACCUACACACUCUAACGACAAGGGCAGUUCAAGUGUCAUUGGCAACAACCAGAGAGGAGGAUUCUUGAGCCUAGAGGAUCGGAACUGUACAGUAAAUCCAGCAGCAGCUGAAGCGUCUUGCGAAAUUUUUGGUGCUCGGUUAAUUCAGAUCGGUAUACCAACCAGAAUUUUGAUCAAAAAUUAAGUAACGAUUACGAUGAAAAAUUAAUUAUAUAAUGAUAAACGAUAGAGAGUCUCUUAAACUUGAAGAAAUUAGCAGUCUAGCAAUACGUGUAAUGAUAACUUCAGCUGUAAAUAGUUUGCUCUGCUUUAUUUUUGCAUUUAGUGAUAUAUGGCCUCUUGUUAUCAUUGCUUUUUUCCCAACUAUAGGAUAUCUAGGAGCUUUGAGACUAAGCAAAAAGCUAUUAUUGGCCUAUAUGCUUAUAAUGGCAAUUAUCAACAUUUUAAGGAUGACUUUAAUUUUUCGCAUUAAAAGGUAUGACUAUGCUGGACUUGCGUUAUUGUCAACUCUUCUUUCAUUAAUUUUUAUGAUUUGGAUUAUUCGAUUUUACAAGUUAUUAGGAACUUUUAGCUCUGCUAAAAAUGAGAGAGACUACGGUUAAAGAGGGUUAAAAACAGGGUUUAUUUUUCAACCCCAAGCCAAUCGAGCAUCGGCUUCACGCUUCAUGUGGCACUAAACAAUAAAGCCACCUAGCACCCUUUUCCUUCUGGCCACCAAAAAUGGUGACAUGCCACUCUAAUGAGGAGACUCACCCUAACCUCUUGGCAGCACAGGACUCUCUUAACCCUGGUAGUGCUUAGGUUAUGAGGGAAACUGCCAUUUACAGGCAAUAUCAUGCUCCCCAGAAGUGCCCGAUAGGUGUUGCGCUGUCGGUCCUCUUGUCUGUGGGUCGAGGGGAUGCCCAGUCAGCCCAAGUCUGCACCCCGCCCUGGAGAAAUCCUCCACCUCAAGACCAUGGUCCUUUCAAGUGCCAGCAGAGCAUUGACCUGAAAGUUUUGGUUUUGCGCACUCCAUGAUGGAGUAUUUCUCUAAAAAUGAAGAAAUAGCUGAUUUACUAUGAAAUUCAAGUAAUUCGAGAAAUAUUGAAAUUUCAAUAGCAAGUAAUAUGCAGUCUUCAAAUUCAAAACUGAAGAGCCAUUCUUGAGAUGAAUUUUUUAAAAAUAAACAAAGCGGCACAAUACUGAAAUUUACACCUUCAUGGAAUCCUUUAACUCCCUAA